AUGAGCGGGCCGGGGCUGCUGGGGCCCGGCGGUGGCGCGGGGCUGCCGCCGCUGCCCAAGAGCCUGAGCGGGCUGCUGAACUCCUCGUCCUCGGGCGGCGGCGGCGGCCAGGGCGGGCGCUGGCGGGACCUGGAGCGGCUCUACGCCCAGAAGUCCCGCAUCCAAGACGAGCUGAGCGGCGGCGGCCGGGGCUCGCCGCGCCCGCCCAAGCCUCCCAACCUGGACGCGGCGCUGGCCCUGCUCCGCAAGGAGAUGGUUGGCCUUCGGCAGCUGGAUAUGUCAUUGCUGUGUCAGCUCUACUCCCUGUAUGAAUCCAUUCAAGAAUACAAAGGUGCCUGCCAAGCUGACUCUAGCGCAGACUGCUCGUACGCCCUGGAAAAUGGAUUUUUCGAUGAAGAGGAGGAAUACUUCUAG